AUGUUCGCACGUUGCGCUGUUCAAAGUCUCGUCUCUGGGCUUCUGGCUAUCUCUAUUGGCAUCAACCCACUGGGCAUCACUGGAGCUCGAUUCAUGUGUUUGCUCCGUGGUGCUUUGGGCUCUCUCGGCAAUUUCCUUUUGUUGUAUGCCGUGAGUCGUAUUCCGAUGGCUGACGCUAACACUAUCUUUUUCACUAAUCCCAUCUUCACAGUCAUCUACGCCACAUGCCUUCUCCAUGAGCCCACAGCCAGGGUUGAGGUGGCUUCCCUCAUAAUGGGGUUCACUGGUGUUAUUCUGGUCAUGCGUCCUACAACCAUGUUCAACAGCUUGCAUGAAUCUCCAUCUCCAAUUACCGAGUCGCCACUCGCUCUCGCCGCCUGUAUUCUUGGCGCAGCUGUGAGUGGCCUUGUACCAAUUAUAGUCCGCCGAAUCGGCGAGUCAGUGAAUCAUCUUUGUCUGGUCUUCUACUUCGGGAUCACUGGUACUCUCCUGGCCACUACAAUGCUCCUAACGGGGGUACAGCCUCUGACCACUCCCGCAUCUGCUGAAUCGUUCAAAGCAUUCUCUCUACUUGCCCUUAUAUGCGUGCUCGGCCUCGGGACGCAGUUUACUUUUAACAAAGCGAUGCAGAUCGAGAAGCCGCAAGUCUGCGCUGUACUUCGGUCUCUUAACGUUGCAUUCACAUUCAUGUGGCAACAGGUGGGCACCGCGGACCCCACUUCCUCCUUGAGCAUCAUGGGCGCGUGUUUGAUCGUCAGUUCAACGGUCGCUGUUCUGUUGUCAAAAAUAAUCAGAGCUGGAGCCGGCGGAAAGCCUCAAGUCGAGAGCGGCUCUGUGCAAGUAUACGGUCGAGAAUGA